AAUACGGUGGCGAGCGCUUUGUAAUUUCAGUUAAAAUUAAAUAUUUGUAAAUGAAUGAAAUAAAUAUUUGGUUAAAAUUCCUUUUCUACAAUGUUAUAACUUUACGGAAAAUUUUACUAUUUGUCUAAAUUGUGAAUUAAAGUGUAAUAUAUAACUAAGUUCUGAAAAAGUUUUCGAGGUCUCAUAGGCAACCAAGUAGUGAAGGGUUUAAGAACCAAAAGUGCUGGUUACUUUGGUGCCUAUAACAUGAUAUGUAGCAUUUCUUCAUUAUGAAUGGAGAAAUAAAUGGAAUUAUGGAUAAAUCAUUAGAUUCACCUGCAGACCUAUCUAACAUACAAGAUGACCAUAAGAAUUCAGAUGCUAAAGAUGAUCAUGAUGACACUGAAAGUGAUAGUAGUACCAAUGUGGAAGGUAGUGUAUUGAUAACUCAAAGUAUUACGGUAGAUGAUGGUUCUUCCAUUGAAACCAAAACUAAUAGUGAUUCCGAGCAGUCUGACAGCAACAGUAUUCAUAAUAAUGAUGAUAAGAUAAUACUUGUACGUGAAGCUGGUACUGUAAAAAUGGCCAUCCAAGAUGAUAACUGUGUUACUGCAGAAAAUGAAUGUGGAAACAGCAAUGACUCUUAUACUGGUUCAGAAACCAGUUCACAGGCUAAGUCUAUAGAGCAACUCAAAAUCACCAGUAUUGAUAUAAAAUAUAAUUAUACAGGAAAAGACACUUCAAAUAGUUGUGACAAUACACAAAACUCAGAUAAUACAGAGGAAUCAUCAGAUGAUUGUUCUGAGCCUAAAGCAGAUGAUGCAGUAAGCAUCAACUCUGACUCUGGCGAUGAUGGAUCUUCACAGGGAAGUGACAAUAAACUUAAAAGAACAGAGGUAAUCUUGAUAGAUAAUGAUAGGUCAGAUACACAAAAUGGGAAUUCACAUGAUGCUCACAGUCCAGAAGUCCAUGAAAUAGAAAGUGAUAAUGAUGAAACAUUUACUGAACCAGUAGUAGAAAAACCAAAAUCAAAUACAAAUAAUAGCAAAACAGUUCUUAGAAGAAGCAGUAGAACAAUAAAGAGGAGGAAAUUCAGUGAUGAAAUAGAAAAUGGUGAUGACUCAGAAGUGGAAGAAAUAGAAAUGCUGGAUCCUUUACGGCAUAAAAUGAGACCAAUAGUCAUCAAUGAUACUAAAACAUUGGUUGAGAUGGCAGCAAAACAUACAAAGGCAAGUCAGAAUGACAAUAAGAAGAAAGAACCAACAGUUGUUAUAAUUGAUACACAUGCUAACAAGCAAACAAUAAACAAAACACAACCUUCAAUUAAUUCUACAAAUGCUCAAACUUUAUAUCAGAAUAUGAUUGCUCGUGGAACUACAGUUACCCCUGUUAGUAGUAAAAGUAAUGCAACAAACAAUAAUAGCUCCUCACAGACUCAAACAAUUCUACCCUCACUUACAGAUGAUAUGUAUGUGGUUGAAGCACCAUCUUUUAUUGUACCAUACGUGUACGAAAAACCCUCUUUGCAACCUUUUAGAGAAUUUGUAGACAUAUUAGGUAAAGAGCUAGAAGAACAAAAAGCCAAAGAAGACAAAGAGCGAUUAGAAAAAAAUAACAAAGAGAAAGAGAAAAGAGCCAAGGAAAUGCAUGAAAAAAUAACCAAAGGAGAAGAAGAAGUAGAGGAAUCUGAAGAAGAUGUGGAUAUGGAGAAAAAGAAGAAAACUGAAAAAAGAGAGCGACGAAGGCAUGGGAAUGAUGAUGAUGAUGCAUCUUGGGAUGGUGAGUCAUCUUCAGAGUCUGAAGAUGAUGUAAUUAGUGAUGAAGAAGAUAAAAUUCUCAAAGAUAAAGUUGAUCCAAUAGAUGAUAUCAAGGAUGUGACUGAUAUAGUAACUGACAAAACCGUUGGUAAAUCUGAGAGCUACUUUGAUUGUUCACUAGGCAAAUUUUUUAUGGAUAUUGGUUACAACCUUGUUCAAGAAUUUGUACAAAGUGAUUUGCUCAAACAGCAGAACCGUAAAUUAAACAGGGAAAAGAAAUCUGGCCAUAGCACAAAGGCUACCGAAUCAUCAAUAGCAUCGCUCAUGAAAAAUUUGGAAUUAAGCAAAGAAAAUAAUGCACCUUAUGCUUAUCUGCAGAAUAAAUGUCAAUUUUGCACCUUUAAGACUGAGUCUACCCUUGUAAUGGCCAAUCAUUUAGAAACACCUCACAUGAAAAAUAAUUUGUACAAGUGUAACUUUUGUGAAUUUGAAAUUCGAAGCCCACAUGAUAUUUUGAGGCAUAUGAAAGCUGAGCAUAAUAUUGUAGGUAAAUUAGAAAAAGCUCCAUCUUAUCACGAGUGUCCUAAUUGCCCGUUUGAAGAUAAUGGUAAGGGUAAAUUAGCUCGUCAUCAAAUACCUUGUGCUAAAAAAUUUAAACCAGCUAUCAAUUUAUCACCACCAAUUGAAUGGGAGCCCCCAGCAAAAAUACCAAAGAUAACAAAAUCGCGUAGUAAUGUGAUGGGCCCGUAUCAAAACCAGUUUAACCGCCAUGUUGGUAAUAAUAUUAACAGGCCAAUGUCAGUAACAAAUAUGGCACCAGGAGGCAGUUUCCGCCCUCGAGGUAGAGCACCAUUGUCAAUGCCUCCUCGGGGCGCACCCAUACCUGUUCAUGGAGCUCCUAUUAUACGUGGAGGUGUUAUGAUUAGGCAUAAUUCUCCUGCUGCUUCUUCAAAUUAUCCGACAAAAAAUAAGCCAGGGCAGCAGCCAUCUAUAUCGAUAACGCCCUUGCCACGGCAACCGCAACCUGCACAGGCAGUUCAGAAUGUGCAGGCAUCAAAAGGCUCGUUUGUGAUUUGCGAGAUCUGUGAUGGUUACAUAAAAGACCUAGAGCAAUUGCGAAAUCAUAUGCAAUGGAUUCACAAAGUUAAAAUUCACCCAAAAAUGAUCUACAACAGACCACCACUGAACUGCCAGAAAUGUCAAUUUAGGUUUUUCACUGACCAAGGUUUGGAACGACAUUUAUUAGGCUCGCAUGGUCUUGUUACUAGUUCUAUGCAAGAAGCAGCAAAUAAAGGCAAAGAUGCAGGCCGAUGUCCAGUUUGUGGCAGAGUAUAUCAAUGGAAACUUCUUAAUCAUGUUGCUCGUGAUCACAAUCUAACAUUAAAGCCAGCACAUUUGUCUUAUAAAUGUACCGUGUGUACUGCCACAUUCGGAAUGUAUAAACUGUUCGAGAACCAUGUUUAUUCAGCUCAUAGUGUAGUUGCAAAACGCGUUAUGGACAAAAACAAAAAUAAUACACCAUCUGCCAAAGCUUCAGCAAACAACGACUCACUCUUGAAACCCUUGAAGAUAAAUGAUGAGAUUACUAUUAUCCCACAGCCAGUUAAAGCAAGUGCUGCUAAUUGUGCUAAAGAUAAAUAAGGAAAUAAAGCAGAACUACUGCAACAGGCUUGCCGUUAACUUCAUAUCAUUUUAAGAUAGUCUCAUCAUAUGAAUUCUUGGGAAAUUAUAAAUAUUGAACUCUGAUUUUUAGUGUACAUUCCUAAAACAUUAAAUAAUAUACAAAAUAGGAUAAGAUACUAAAAUGUACUGUGUAAGUUAUGGCCAGGAGACUGGUUGCACAAAUAGAUUAUAAAAAAAUAUUAUGUAUGUAGUUUUAUACAUAACUAUGUAGAGUUCCAAUGGAACAACACACACUGCCGAGGCUUACAAAGUCAGUGAUAUAUUAAACAAGUUUUACACAACUGUUGGUGUCCAAUAUCGAUUUUAUAGUAUUUGUACAUUCAAUUAUAAACAAAAUUAUAUAAUUAGAUUGUCCUUAUAACAAACUUAAACAUGGAAGAAUUAAAGCAAAUAAAUGUAUUAAAUGGAAGUAAUAUAUUAUAUGGUAGAGUAGGCCUGGUUUAUAACACUGAAUUUUACCACUAAGUUUAUUCAAAACACAGAUAUUCUUAUCAAUGUUGUUUAAGAGUUAUUAAUUCUAUAAUAAGAAUGUUAAAAGAGAUUAUAACAAAAACAGGUUUCUAUAUUGUCAUUAUGUAAACUGUAAAGGUAAAUAAUUUGACCAGAACAUAAUAUUGAAAUAAAAACGAAAAGUACAAUACGGUCCAUGUGCCUCAUACUCUUAAGAAAUCAUAAGAAAUAUAGUUUGGAAUGUAUACUAAUUCUUGGAGCUUAUAGAACAUUUUUUAAUAAGUGCUAAAUAUACCUCAACGGAUUAUUAGUUUUUGAGAUAAUAUAUUGAAUUUGUUUUAUUGUAAUAAAAAAUUUAAAACUUUGGUUUAAUGAUAAGUAUUGGUAAUUAAGUGUAGUUGAUAACUGAUCAUCUACACAUAUGCAAAUUGUAAUGUUACUGAGGUAGCUCAGCAUGUGUGAACUUACAAAUAUUAGUGAAUGUUACAGAUUAGAUUAUAUACAAGUCUGUUCCAGACUGUAAUUUUGAAGUAUUAAAAUGGAAAAUUUAAGUACUAUGCAAAGCACGGUUUACCCUCUUAUUAUUUAAAAUACAUAUUUUGUAUAUUGUGUCCACAUAUUUUUGUAGAAGAUAGUAAUUAAGGUUACAAUGAUCUUAGCAUUCACGAUUAUAUUAAUGUUCUUGAUAAUAUUCUAAUGUUCUGAAUUUCUUGAAAUGUAACUUUAGCCUUCUACUACAUGUUCCUUUGGUGUGAUAACUUCACAAUUAAAAAGACAAGAUACGUAUUGAAAUCUAUUCAACACGAAUAUAUUAAUAAAGCGUGUUCUACUUACGUGAUUUGCAUAUUAAAUCAUAAUAAAUGUACCAAAGCUAAGUUUUCGCAGCUUAAGAAUCAGCAAAUCAAAUAACUUUCCAAAAUCAUAGAUGUUUCUUUUCAAAUUCGACAAAGCAUGUUUUUCUUUUACGAUUAAUCUGAUCACGCGGACUAAUAAGCAUUAUCAUUCGCCUACAGGAGCUUGUGUGCUAUCCUAUACUAUGUAGCAGCCAAGCCUGGUUCUUACAAACACGUAUUAAAUGAUAUGGAUAAUGACAAUUUAUCAGAACUGUUUUUAAUUUAUAGAUGGAUAUUUUAUUAAAAUGAAAUAUAUACAUACAUCAGUACUUUGAAACAAAAUUAAAAUUUUAGUUUAUCCCGCUAAAUGGUCAAAGUCGUCAUCUGCAAUUCGCUACAUUCUUCAGAAGCCGUAGUGUGAAUCUUUGUUGAUACUCUAUAGCUUUGAUAAAGUCUCAACUAUUUUAGUCUCGUAAACGGCGCCAUCUAGUGUUUUUUUUUAUUGCCCUUGUAGGCAGACGAGCAUACGGCGCACCUGAUGGUGAGUGCCUCGUUUGAAGAAGAUCAAGGGAGACAUAAAUAUUCUUAUUUCAUGUAAGCUUCUGAUUACUUCAGCGCCAUUGGAAUAGUUUCCGAAGCGGGUACUAAUGUUAAAUCAACUGAUGUCUCUUUUUUUAUUCAUAUAAUUCAUUUUUAUCGUUCAACAUAAUUUCAAUCUUCAUCUAUACAUAUAAAUAAAAUUAGGGUGUCUGUUUGUAAUAUUGAAAUAACCGCUUUUUACUACAUGCAUAUGAAUAUAUAUACGGUACAUA